GCGGAUCCAAAUCGAACCAAUGGCUCUCGCGCUCUUCCGCUGCCUCGCCCCUUUCAGGCGACCCAGUGCCAUUCCGCUACUCCUAAACCCUAAUCCUUUCUCCUUCCCCAAAACGCUGUUUCUCCAUUCUAAAACCCUUGUUUCUCGCCUCUCCACUGAAGAUACACACCAAAUUGUCACCAAGGACGAGCGUCUUCGGACGGAGGAUGGGACCGCCUCGGGGUGGGGGACCAUCGUGGCAAUCGUCACCUCCAUGGGCGGUGGUCCGGCCGCCGUCGGCAUCGUCCGAUUGUCGGGUCCAAGAGCGGUUGAUGUAGCAGGCAGGGUUUUUCAUCCCGCCAGGGGGCGUAAGGCGGGGGGUUCUCCUUUUUUAUGGAAGCCCAGAAGCCACUUUGUUGAGUAUGGAUUCGCCUUGGACCGUAAAGGCAAUGUCAUUGAUGAGGUCCUAGCAGUCCCUAUGUUGGCACCGCGUUCAUAUACUAGAGAAGAUGUGGUUGAGCUCCAGUGCCAUGGGAGUGAUGUAUGCUUGAAUAGAGUAUUAAAAGCAUGCCUAGAGGCUGGAGCAAAGCUCGCAGAACCAGGGGAAUUUACCCUUCGAGCUUUUCUUAAUGGACGCUUGGACCUGUCUCAGGCAGAAAAUGUCGGAAGACUGAUAGCAGCCAAGUCUGUGGCUGCUGCAGAAUCUGCCUUGGCAAAUAUACAGGGAGGCUUUUCCUCACUUGUUAAAUCUUUGAGAAAGCAAUGCAUUCAACUGCUUACAGAAAUUGAGGCUCGCUUAGAUUUUGAUGAUGAAUUGCCCCUUCUGGAACCUAGGGUUCUGACAAAUCAGAUAGAUGAUAUGUGGAAUAUUCUCCAAGAAGCAAUUGAUACUGCUAACUAUGACAAACUUUUACAGACUGGUCUCCAGGUUGCAAUUAUUGGUAGGCCAAAUGUUGGAAAAUCAAGCUUGCUCAAUGCUUGGAGCAAAAGUGAAAGAGCUAUAGUUACGGAUAUUGCUGGAACCACAAGGGAUGUCAUAGAAGCUAAUGUCACUGUUCAUGGUAUUCCCAUCACUCUUCUUGACACUGCUGGAAUUCGAGAAACUAAUGAUGUUGUUGAAAAAAUUGGUGUACAAAGAUCAGAAUCUGCUGCCAUGACUGCAGACGUGAUAAUUAUGGUAACAAAUGCUAUUGAUGGAUUCACAGAGGACGACAGGAAACUUAUUGAUCAUAUUCAAAAAAAUCAGAAGUCAGCAGGUUCCGCAACACCUGUGAUUCUAGUGGUCAAUAAGAUAGAUUGUGUACCAUGCACCUCAAUGCGACAAUUUGAAAUGGCUACUAGCUCCUUCAUGAAACUUGUUCCGACGUGCGCCAUCAAUGGAAAAGGCAUUUCAGAAUUGGAGAGGGCUGUGUUAGAGGUCAGGGGCCUCGACUCAAGUCCACCAGGAGGGUUUAGAUGGACUGUUAACCAGAGGCAAUUUGAGCAACUACUACGAGCACAAGAAUCUCUUUCUAGACUGAAGUCAUCGAUUGACGACGAGUUGCCUAUGGAUUUUUGGACUAUUGACUUGAGGGAAGCAGCAUUGGCCCUAGGGGAGAUAAGCGGGGAAGACAUCUCUGAAGAAGUCUUAUCCAACAUAUUUAGCAAAUUUUGCAUCGGAAAAUGAUUUUUUACUGCCACAGCAGAUACUGAAAUAAGUCAGCCCAAAGAGCUACAAAGAACAAUCAGUUGACUUUGGCGUUCAGCAGACAGACUUCCAACAUCUUUGGAAGGCUGAUCAACUGGAGAUCUCGAUGGGUCAUCAUCGAUGUCAUCACGAGCCAUCUUGUCGUCCACUUCAUACAGAUUUUGUAACCAUCUUGCACCCGUACGUUGACAUGGUGUUUUGUUAUGAAAUUGAUGUGGGUCUAUAAUUGCACCCCCAUUAAAAUCUUUAUUAAUAGUUGAAAAAGCAAAUUAAUUAAUUCAGCAAA